AUGGCGAGCAUGGCGUCCGCAAUAUCGUUUGGGUAUUCAAAUAAUUCGGGGUUCCAGAUGGGUGUGAACUACGGCGAGGUCACUAACCACUUCCACAUGCCUAUUGAAGAGAUGAAAGAGACAAAUACUAGGCCUUCUCUAUUCGGGCUAGGUGGCAUCGGCAAAACCCAAGUUGCUCUUCAGCUUGCCCGCUGGGUGAAGGCGCAUGUACCAGACUGCUCAAUCUUCUGGGCUCCUGCCCUGAGUCUCGAGAGUUUUGAGCAGGCUUGUUCGCAAAUCGCGAAAGAGCUACAAACCCAUCAGAAUGACGGUGAAAGUGCGAUGGAAUCGGUACAGCGAUAG